ACAAACUCUCAUUCCAAAAAAAAAACUUAGCAUAAAAAACAAAGAAAAAUAUAACGUUGGCAAAAAUACUAAAAACAUUUUUAAAAAUAUAACAAUAAAAAAGUAUACACACAAAAUUAAUUAAAAAGAGGAGCUCUUACUAUAAAAACAGAGCACAUGUUCUUAUCACUAACCACUCAACAGAGAAGCAAAAGAAAAAAAGCUACUGUUUGAAAGAAGAAGAUAACUAUGGCAAAGGAUGUGGAAGCCGUUCCCGGAGAAGGAUUUCAGACAAGAGACUAUCAUGAUCCGCCGCCAGCUCCGUUUAUCGAUGGAGCGGAGCUAAAGAAGUGGUCUUUUUACAGAGCAGUCAUCGCCGAGUUUGUAGCCACUCUCCUCUUCUUAUACAUCACCGUUUUGACUGUCAUCGGUUACAAGAUUCAGUCCGAUACUACGGCCGGCGGCGUAGACUGCGGCGGAGUUGGAAUCCUCGGUAUCGCUUGGGCCUUUGGUGGUAUGAUCUUCAUCCUCGUCUACUGCACCGCCGGUAUCUCUGGUGGUCACAUUAACCCAGCGGUGACAUUUGGGCUAUUCUUGGCACGUAAAGUAUCGUUGCCUAGGGCUAUAUUGUACAUUGUGGCUCAGUGUUUGGGUGCGAUUUGUGGAGUUGGAUUUGUCAAAGCCUUCCAAAGCUCCUACUACGACCGUUACGGCGGUGGAGCCAACUCUCUUGCCGAUGGCUACAGCACAGGGACCGGUCUAGCCGCAGAGAUCAUUGGUACUUUCGUUCUUGUCUACACCGUCUUCUCUGCCACCGACCCCAAACGUAGUGCCAGAGACUCCCACGUUCCGGUGUUGGCGCCACUUCCAAUCGGAUUCGCCGUGUUCAUGGUACAUUUGGCCACCAUUCCCAUCACCGGAACCGGAAUUAACCCGGCAAGGAGUUUCGGAGCUGCCGUAAUCUUCAACAAGAGCAAGCCAUGGGAUGACCACUGGAUAUUUUGGGUUGGACCAUUCAUUGGAGCUGCGAUAGCUGCAUUCUACCACCAAUUCGUUCUGAGGGCUUCAGGUUCUAAGUCUCUCGGAUCUUUCAGAAGUGCUGCCAACGUCUAAACCCACCAAAACCAGAUUUCUCAAUAAUAAAUGAAGUUGUAAUCUCUGUACAAAUCUAAAUCAAUCCAAAUCAAUCACUUGCAGUUUUCUUUUCUUUCUUAUUUGAGUUUUCUGCUUGCUCUUUUGUGAAUUUUCCUUUGGUGUAAUUGUUUUUCCUUUCGUUUUUUAAUCGAGUGAUUGGAACUAAAAUCAAUGAAAUCAAAGAGGUUCUUAUUGCCUA